CUGUGUGUAGGGACUAUUUUGUCCCAAAUAUCAGUUAUUUGAAUAUAUAACCAAACAUUUAUUUAAAAUAAAAACUUUUUGAGGGAAAAACAAAGGGUUGACAUACUUUGAUUUUUUAAUGUCAUGAGUUUGGUAACAUGAGCGUGAUUCUAAUAAUUAUAAUAAACCAUGUGAAAAAUGUAAGAACGUUGUCUGAGACUGACUAAUGCACAUUCUGGAUAGUUACUAGAGUCAGUUUAGAGAAAACCUAAGGAACUACGUUUAAUUUGGACGAGUUAUAACUAGCAAAUGGCACCAAUGACCCAGAAUGCUCUCUGUCUGUCAGAUCAAACUCUGCUCAGUUUUUUUCUUCCAGAAAAACGCCCCUCUGAGGACUAAAUCUGAACAGCUGAGGACAUAAAUAGCUUGGCCUCUUAUGGCUGACAGCUCUUCACUGACAACAGCAUCCACCGUCUCCAAUGGCAACCUCACAGGCAACAUCAGCACACCUGCUGCAGUUCAGGUGGCCACGGUGGUCAACUGGUUAACUUUCUGCAUCGGGCUGCCCGCCAUCGGACUGGCUAUUUAUACCCUGAAAAAUCUGUCCAAAGGUGAGAAUAAAAUUCCCAUGCCCGUCAUGUUCCUCCUGGUGUCUGACAUCAUCAGUUUCUUUGGCCGUCCCAGUGUGGGUCAGAAUAUGGAAAACAACACCAUCCUUUCCUCUAAUGCCACCGACUUCAUCUUCUAUUUUGGUGUCAUCACCAACAUCACUCUCAUGCUGUUCAUAGCCCAGGAGCGCCACCUCCUGGUUUCCUACCCGCAGUGCCUGGGCUGCUGCAGCAGCAUCAAGCGGUCUCCUGUAGUCACCCUGCUGGCGUGGGCCGCUCCGUUCGCCAUCCUCGCCCUCGCUGUGCUGCAUUACAACCUCUGGUUUGCAGUGGCUCUGCUCUCUCCUUUCCCAUUCAUUCUUUUCUUUGCUGUGGAUGCUUGGAGGGCCUUUUACUGCUCACGAUCAAUGCCUCCAAGUCCAGAUAGGAGGAAAACGGUGUGGGGGAUCACUGCAAUCUGGGCCAAUUACACCUUCCUCUACUCCCCCUUUAUCCUCAGUGUCCUCCUUGAGGCUUUGUCCUUUAAGGAGCAGGUGCGCUACCUGGGACUGGUGUCGCACUUGCUGCUCUACCUCAGCCCUAUGGUGGAUCCCUUCCUCUACAUAUUGAUGACCAAAGGGAUAAAAGAGGUGCUGCAGGCCCUACCCUGCUGUCAAAAGUCAAAGGAGAAACAGAACAGGACCCCCACUGUGGAUACUGUGGCUGAAACUCUAGAGACAAGACUCUGAAGGCACGUUAUGCAUGAAGCACAUCCAACACUUUUAACCCCUGCUGGAUAAUUCAGAGCACAAAGUAAAAACUUAGUACAUAAGGACAGUUUGCUGCACAUCCGCUGUGACAUAAUGUUGGGCUUAAAUAAACUAUGCACCAUCUAAAAACACCUGACCUUGGGGUUUGGAAUUGGACAAUAAAUUCCCCUCAUGAGACGUGUCUCUCACAGCUGAGGACAAUCAGGACAAUAGAGACAGUAAAGCUCAUACACACCAGCCAACUCUUGCAAGGCCAACUGUGAUACUAAGGGGUUCACUACUGAAGCGUCUGGUCAUACCUUGAAUGCUAUUGGCUGUUACGGGUCAGGUGGGUGUGAGCCAGCUGAUGGAUUUAACUUUACUGUGAAUUUAAACUGAGGUUUUGAAUAAGGUGUUAAAUUAUUGUCAUAACAUGAAAAUAAAACCCACAAAAGGGAGUGAAAGAAAAUGAGAAAUUAUUCUGCUGUUAUGAUAUUUGUUUGCACUGUCUCUUCACAGCAAGAAGGUUCCAGGUUAAACUUUCUGUGUCUUGUUUGCAUGUGUAGGUUCUCACCAGCUUCCCCCCAACAUGCACUUAGGCUAACUGGUGACUAUAAAUUAACCUUAGUAGCGAAUGUGGAUCAUUGUUAGUCUCAUUUGUCACUAUGACGUACUGGCCCUGUCCAGAGUGCUUCUCACCUGACAGCAGCUGGAAAAGGCUCCACCCCCCAUGACUCCAUAGAAAACAGAUGGAAUCUUUUAUGCCAGGGCUACUCAAUUCGGUCCUACGAGGGCCGCAAUCCAGCAGGUUUUCCAUGUAUUCCUGCACCAACACACCUGAGUCAAAUUAAUGAGUUAUUGUGUAGAACCUGAUUGGCUGUUAGAGCCACCUAAUUUGACUCAGGUGUGUUGGUGCAGGGAUACAUGGCAAACCUGCUGGAUUGCGGCCCUCGUAGGACCGAAUUGAGUAGCCCUGUUUUAUGCAUUCUAAGUACGAAAAGGUUCUGGGAGUAAAACAUGACUAAAUGCAGUCCCACCUAGACUGCAGUAGUGCAAAAUCUAGCAGGUUCUCUGUGGCUUAACCUUUAAAACUGCAACACUUUGGGGGUUUUUAAACCAUCACAAGGUGAAGUCUGUCUUUCCGAACCAUAGCAUGCCAAUCUUCAAGCGUUUGCACUAGCCUAUGUGGGGCUGUCACAAACAUGUUGCACAACUACAGCAUUAAUGGAAGGCGGUGUCACACAAAGUAAGGACAUAAAAAAACCAACCACUUCACAAUUUCUGCACUUUUGUCUUGAUGCUGACAUGUUUAUAAUAUGUGCAACAACAGAGUUUUCCAAGUUUUCCUCAGACCAAACUAGUAUAUGGUUAUUUUUAUUUUCCUUUUUUAUUCAGUUUCAUAAACUUUGAUAUUUGACGUGAUGAAAUCCUCGAUUGUGCUUUUAUGUUUUUGUCUUUGUGAUGUUUUGUUUGUGAUCCUCCUGAUGUGUUCAAUAAUUGUUUUUGUCUAUUUAUUUCCCCUGUGGCUCUACAUAAUAUAAUAUCUAAGAUACUGGUUGAUUUAGUCUCUAAUUAUAAUUACUAAGGCACUGACAUGUUAUCUAUGUUAUUGUUUCUAACUUGAGAGAAAUGUUUAAUACCGAUACGACUACCAGAAAUGCAUACAGACCAUUUCAUACAGUUUUUUAAUGGUUGUCUCAUUAUUUUAUUAAACUACAGCUUUGACUGAAAAGACACAAAAAUAUAAAUGACCUAUUUGAUAUAUUUACUUGCAUAUUAUAAAGAAAUGGCCUGUGAUGUUUGAAAGUGUGUGAUGUUCACUAAAACAGAUUCUAACCUGCUGGUUUUCUGUAAAAUCUGAACAGCUGGAAUAAAGUCAACCAGAUUUCUGUUUCUUGGUGUUUGAA